GGAGGCGCAGGGUCCCAGUCAGAGGGUGGUUUGGAGCUGAGGGGGGCGGCAGGGUGCUGGGGAGGGGGUCGCUGUCAGGCCUGCUGGGGAUGGGGGCCGCAGCUCGUCUGAGCGCCCCGCGCGCGCUGCUCCUCUGGGCCGCACUGGGGGCGGCAGCUCACAUCGGACCCGCACCUGACCCCGAGGACUGGUGGAGCUACAAGGAAAAUCUCCAGGGAAACUUCGUGCCAGGACCUCCCUUCUGGGGUCUGGUGAAUGCCGCCUGGAGUCUGUGUGCCGUGGGGAAGCGGCAGAGCCCUGUGGAUGUGGAGCUGAAGAGGGUCCUUUAUGACCCCUUUCUGCCCCCACUCAGGCUCAGCACUGGGGGAGAGAAGCUCCGGGGAACCCUGUACAACACUGGCCGCCAUGUCUCCUUCCUGCCUGCACCCCGGCCUGUGGUCAACGUGUCCGGGGGUCCCCUCCUGUACAGCCACCGACUCAGCGAGCUGCGGCUGCUGUUCGGAGCGCGUGACGGGGCUGGCUCCGAACACCAGAUCAACCAUCAGGGCUUCUCAGCUGAGGUGCAGCUCAUUCACUUCAAUCAGGAACUUUACGGAAAUCUCAGCGCAGCCGCCCGGGGCCCCAACGGGGUGGCCAUUCUCAGUCUCUUUGUCAACGUAGCAGGCAGCUCGAACCCCUUCCUCAGUCGUCUCCUGAACCGCGACACCAUCACCCGCAUCUCCUACAAAAACGACGCCUACUUCCUUCAAGACCUGAGCCUGGAGCUCCUGUUCCCCGAGUCCUUCGGCUUCAUCACCUACCAGGGCUCCCUCAGCACCCCGCCCUGCUCGGAGACCGUCACCUGGAUCCUCAUUGACCGGGCCCUCAACAUCACCUCCCUGCAGAUGCACUCCCUACGACUGCUGAGCCAGAACCCUCCAUCGCAGAUCUUCCAGAGCCUCAGCGGGAACGGCCGGCCCCUGCAGCCCCUGGCCCACCGGGCUCUGAGGGGAAACCGGGACCCCCGGCACCCCGAGAGGCGCUGCCGAGGCCCCAACUACCGUUUGCAUGUGGACGGUGUCCCCCACGGCCGCUGAGGACUGCACCUGCGCGCCCGGAGCCUCCUCCCCAAAACAAAGCUAUUAAAGAGACACAGCACGCGUGGCGUCUCGGC